AUGGCUGAUGUCAUUCUCAAGGCCGUCCGCAUAGGUCUACUGGAUCUACCGAAUGAGCUUCUUAUGCUCAUCGUCAUCCAUGACCAUCGUUCCAUCGAGUCGCCUCGCGUUCAAAAACCAGUAGCGUUUCUUUGGCAAGGGAUCUGUCGACGUCUCUACGCGAUCUGCAGAGCUGCAGGCGAAAUAUGGGCGCAUAUAACCGAUAUCUACAACUUCCCUCUCACAUCCAUUGCAGUAGAACGGUCAGGAGCUCAUCUGUUAACGCUGGAUCUGGGCCCUCCCAGUGGUGCCUUAGCGGAUUGGCGUCACGGCAUGGCUAUUCUUGAGCCCCAUCAUCAUCGGGUCCAAACCAUCAGGGUUGAUUAUACGGGUUUUGAUGAGUCCGAGGAUAAUAUGGACAUCAUACCACCCUGGCACUUACCUUUCCUAUAUGGGGACUGGACGGCCCUGGAAACUUUCGAGUUUUCCAACUACUGGUUUGAUGCGCUCUUCAGCAAGGAUUCAUUCUUUUGUGAACCUCCUGCGUCGUGGCGGAAGCUAGCUCUCCGAGACUGCAGCCUUCGAGAUCCAUUUCACGUCUUCCAAGUUCCGUUGACGCAUCUUCGCCUCGAACGCUGCGAUCUACACUGCGGCCUUGUUGAUUUCAUCCGCCUCAUCAACAGUCUGCCGACCUUGACCUCGUUGGCGUUGAUUGACACCUUUGGAGAGGAGGGCGUAGGCAUAGAGGAAACGACCGUCACGCGCCCGGAACCAGGUGUUCACCUGCCCCACCUACUGCAGCUGGAGUUGGACGCUGCGUUUGAGCGCGUCAUCUUCAUAGCGUCUGGCUUGGAAGUGCCAGACUGUUGUGCUGUGAGCAUGAGGAUGGCGACGCCGAGGUCAAACCAAUUACCCGCAUCAUACGUACCGGAUGCCCUCGAUAGAGCAUUUUCCAGUCGCCUUACCAAAGCGUUCCAAGGCAUCGAUGCCGAUGCAAGCCCGCAGGGGUGUCACAUGGUUUUCGGGGAUCAUGACGACCUUGUCGGCGUAUCCAUUGAACUCUCCGCGCGUUUCGGCGGGCAAGGCGAGCGAAGACACUUCCUCCUGUCUCUCAGGCCGACCCCUGCGUCCCCUACUUGGCCUGAAUUGCCUUCCAUCGUCGGGAGGAUCCUAUCAUGGGAUCCAUUCAGCGCCGUCACCUUCUUCCGGGGAGUCAGAGUCCCUCUGGAAGGCAACAUGUGGCAGCAGAUACUCCAGAAGAUGCCCAUUCUGAGAUGCUUACAAGCCGAUUUUGCUGUGGCUGGUCUGGACACUGCUUUAACCGCGGUGUCAGGCAGUGUGCCUACGGGACGCUUGACUGAAGUGGUCCUGAACUCGGUAUGA